CGCUUGGGAUCGGGACGCUAACCAACGCCAUCUACUUCCUCCCUUUACAUUCUUUGGCGUAGUUUGUGAUGGGGUGGAGCUUCCCUUUGAUUGACUGAGAAAAAGUGGUGAUUUUACAAUAAAUUUGUGGAUUUUUUAUACAAAGUGUGUGAAUUAUAAACUAUUCGUUGAUAGGGAAGUUUUAAUCAAGAACCGACCAUGGCGUCGGAACAAUUCUCCCUGUGUUGGGAUAAUUUCCACAAGAACAUGAGUUCGGGCAUGAAUUCUUUGUUAGAAAAUGAAGACUUAGUAGAUGUAACGCUUGCAGUGCAGGGAAAAUGCCUGAAAGCUCACAAAAUGGUUCUUUCAGUGUGUAGUCCUUAUUUCAAAGAACUUUUCAAGUCUAACCCCUGUAAACAUCCUAUUGUAUUUAUGAAAGAUGUGAGCUAUGAAGCUUUAAGCGAUUUAUUGCAAUUUAUGUAUCAAGGUGAAGUUCAAGUUAGCCAGGAAAAUUUAACAACUUUCAUCAAGACUGCUGAGGCUUUGCAGAUCAAAGGACUCACUGGUGAUGGCAACGGAUCCACUGAUCCAGAUGUUACCGAAACACCAAUGGAGAAACCCCACGUCGAAGAAUAUAAACCAACCCCUCGCCCGAAAAAGCAACAGUCUGCCCCCCUCGUUACCACACCCUCAAUCAAACGACCCCGAUUAAGCACAUCUGAGUCCCAGGUCCCUCCUGCCAUCACAAAAACUGAACCAGCCGUACAAAGUCAAUCAGAUUCGGCUGUGCAGUUCAAGAUGGAGCCCUACGAUCAGAGCACAAAUUUGAUCGAUGACACUGGUGACGAUAAUUUCGGCGACGAUAACUUAGACGACACGGCUAAUGACGAUAAUGAAGAUUACUCUAUGAUGGAAAGCAGCAUGACCGGCGAAGAAGAACCACAGGCAGGAACCAGUGCUGAUGGUGCAGGCGAAGGACAAGGUAGAUACUUAGUUUGCGCGGAUUAUAAGAGAUUGACGUGCAAAGCGCGCGCAGUAAUGCCAGUAAGUGGUUCACCUAAGGAUAUAGUAGUGCGCAAAGCACACAAUCAUCCGCCAUGUUUCCGCGCAAGCGCCAAACAGGAAUUUCUCAAAGAAGUGAAAAGUGCCAUUUUCACUUUUUCGCAGAGGCCUUUGAGAGAUAUUUAUGAAGAUAUGUCAGAAGCAUACUUAGGAUGCUCGGAACAUAAAAAAUCUGGUUGUCGCGGGAGAGCGACAAUGCCUGUGGGAGGUGAUAUAGGCGAUUUGAUAAUGAGGAGCCCGCAUAAUCACCCUCCAGAUGUGAAUGCAGAGGAGAAAGAGGAAUUCGUCAAGGAACUAAAAUAUGCUGUCAGGUCGGAUUCAUUGGCAAAUGCUUCUUUGAAGAAAGUGUAUGAGACUGUCGCUGAAGGGUAUUUCUCGUGUUCAGCACGUCGUAGUAGUAACUGCAGAGCCCGAGCUUAUAUUCCUCCAGGAGCUGAACAUGAUGAACUGGUCCUGACCAAAGAACACUCUCAUCCGCCGGAUUUCUUCCUGGAAAAGAAAAACAAGAUUUGGAACAUCAUCAAACAGUUUGCUAUCACUUUACCUGGAACAACUGCCCAGGUCUACAACAGUGUUGUUUCUCUGUGA